AUCGUGGUAGACUUCAAUCUGAAUUCGAAACUCGACCAGUCAACAUCUUCGCCACACAGCGCUAUCUACCAAGCAAUAUUUCAGACAUGGCUUCUGAACUCCAAUCCAUCUACAGCUACGGAGUCGAUCUGAUCAGCAUUCUCCAAUCCUCAUUCCCUGAUGGAGAAAGCUUCUUCAUGGACAUUUCCAAAAUCUUUGAUCCGAAAUAUGUUUUCACUGUUUACUUCCCCAUCACCUUCGCACUUCAAUGGGCCAUUGGCGUUAAACUGUUAGGCACAAUCAUCGUCGUUGAAUGGCUCAAUCAAGUCUUGAAAUGGCUGAUGCACGGUGAUCGUCCUUAUUGGUGGGUUCACGAGGUAGAAGCCGCUUACAACUCAACGUCGCUUUUACCCGAGAUCUUCCAGUACCGUUCCACCUGUGAAACGGGCCCAGGCAUGCCAUCCGGCCACUCGAUGGCCAUGUCCGCAGCCUGGUACGUCGUUGUCCAGUCAUUCAUCGAUCGAGUCGUCAAGCCUUCAAAGAUGAGUGCUUCAUUGAAACAGCAAUCCAUUCAACUCUUGUGGGCCGCUUUCGUCGUCAUUCAAACCCUCGUUGUUAUGUCGAGGAUGUACAUCGCUGCCCACUUUCCUCAUCAAUGCGCUCUCGGACUCUUCUUGGGUGUUUCCGUCGCUCACCAAGUCUACGGCUCAUCCAAAUGGUUGAAUCUCCAGCGCCGCCAAUGGAUGCUCGUCGCCUUCGUCAUUAUGGCCAGCGCUAUCGGCACUUAUUGGUUCCUGUUGUUGACCGGAAGAAACCCGGCCUGGUCCAUCAGCCAAGCUUACAAAUGGUGCGCCAAACGCGAAUACAUCCACGUUGACACCACCCCAUUCUACAGUUUGACACGUUACAGCGGUGCAGCUUUCGGCCUGGGUCUCGGCUUAACUUCAACAUUCUUUAGCCAGACGGAACGUACGAGCUUCACUCGAGUCCAGAUGAUGGCCACCUUAGUUUUGGGUCUUCUUCUUGGAUUUGGAGCCGAGCUUGCUCACGUUGCCAUUCCCAAGACAAACGAGUCGGUGUUUUACGCGCUAGAAUUCCUGCUGAACGUUGCCUUUCCCUACAUCGCCAUCGCAUUGGUACCUUACGCCGUGAUGAAGUCUUUAACAGAAAAAGUUAAGUCCUUAUAGGGUCAUGCUGCCUGAAAGCACCACACCGACAUAGCAUGAUUAAAACACCACUGACAGUAUUCUUUCGAUUGAAUUUAUUUGUUGAGUUCCCUGAAUGUAGCUAUAAAUCGCUAGACUUUCCCCCAUAUACCCCAUUUAAACAUUGCUUUUUAAAAUUGGAAAUGUUUUCGUAAACUGUAAAUAUUUUGUACAUGAACAACCCUUUUCUAUCGUUGAUUUUAUUUCAGACAUUUAUUAGGACAAUGUGACUGUGUCUCAGUUCUCCUAACUAUUUGUUUUCACGUGCAAGAGUGUGCCUUAUUGGCGAAUAAAAAGAAUUUGAUUCG